GUCUCAUCAACAUUUGCAGUUGGAUAUUGGUUUGGGUUAGAAAUGCGCUGGACCUUGCAGUCAUAUCUUGUGGUUGCUCUCACCGCAACAGUUGCCGCAGGUUUUACAACCAUUCUCACUAAAUAUAAAAGUGUAUUUAGUAUGUUGAGAGCUAGAUGGUUCAGGGACGUCUUUGAAGAUUUGCGUUUGCGGCUCCGAGCAAGCGAAGCCGCCGCAAUAAGAGAGAGAUUGGAUUUGCUUGAAGCCAAAAUACUAUCUUCGGAAACAAGUAACCUUGGUAGACUCUCUGUUCAUUCGCCAAGAACACUUGCAGAAGAGAAGCCUACUCCUGAGUGGGAGCUGGUCACAAGAGAAGAUUUCGUCACUCUCAGAUCGAGAGUUGAUAACCUUGCAAAGUCAGUAAACGCUGUAAAAUCCCAAGCAAACAAGUCUCUGCAAGUAUCUGAAGAUAUGCUGCGCCAAUACCUGGAAAAUGCAGUGUCUACGAAAGAGCAAUUGACAAGUUUUUCCCAAGGUGCCUCAUCGUUAUUGGAAAUGUUGCAACAGUUGGAGAAGGCUUUUAAUUCUCUCUUUUACAAGCUGGACAAUCAAGAUUCCAGUAAAGUUCUGAAAGCAAUAGAUGCGGAGUUGUCUAAUUUGCGUUCCUUUGUAGAAGAUGUGAACGAGGAAGUUAAGAGUAUGAGAUUGGUAGUGAAUCAAGCCAAUGUUACGUUUUCGAAUUCUUCUGUCUUUGGGCGGGAAUCAGAAGUUCCCGCAAGUUGGAGGGAACAGGAGAAGAAGGUUGACAGUACAACUUUGAACAAACCGAAGAACACUUUGAGGGAAACUUCAAUAGAUAUUCCACACUUGGAGGCUGAAGGAGGUGAAGAGGAUGAUGAGGAAGAAGAAAAGGGAAGUUCCCAACCCUCUCCCAACGAGUCGGGUGAGACGAAAAAGAAAAAGAAGAAGAAAAAGAAGAGAGCCAAGACACCCCAACCGACUGACGCUACAAGCUAAAAGAUGAUAGACAAAAGGUAAUAUCGUCUUUUAUUCGAAA